UAAAAAAGGUCAACGUUCAAUCACACACGCCAAGAGAAACAAACAACGGAACAUCAACAAAGACCAGAGAGAGGUGACAGAAAAUCGAAUUUCUUAUUUACGACUACAGUUUAGGUCCAACGAUACUUGUGGGAGCGACACAGCAAGACAAGUGGAAUCAGCCACUUAUAAGCUCACUGACUCAGUGGUCACGACGAAUGCAGCUGAGAGUGAAGGAUGGCAGGUGUUUUCGAUAUUGACUUGGAGUCGGACGACCUUAGCGAUGCAGAGGAUGACAUUUGUGACUUCACCGUAGCAGAGACAGACCCUGUUCAAACAGAAGAGAUAGAGCUGACCAGUGCCAUUGUCAACAGAGACAGUGAGAGGAUCGGACCAGACAGCUUUGAGCUGCUAAGUGUGCUGGGCAAGGGGGGCUAUGGCAAGGUUUUCCAGGUACGGAAAGUGCAGGGUACACAGACGGGGAAGAUAUUCGCCAUGAAGGUUUUAAAGAAGGCAAAGAUCGUGUGUAACGCCAAGGACACGGCCCACACGCGUGCGGAGCGGGAGAUUCUAGAGACGGUGCGGCACCCCUUCAUCGUGGACCUGCUGUACGCCUUCCAGACCGGGGGUAAACUCUACCUCAUCCUGGAGUGUCUCAGUGGUGGAGAACUGUUCAUGCAGCUGGAGAAAGAAGGAAUCUUCAUGGAGGACACUGCCUGUUUUUAUCUGGGUGAGAUUGUGCUUGCUUUGGGACACCUCCACUCAAACGGAAUCAUCUACCGAGACCUGAAACCAGAGAAUAUCAUGCUGAACCACCAAGGACACAUCAAGCUGACUGACUUUGGCCUGUGUAAGGAGUCCAUUCACGACGGCGCUGUCACGCACACCUUCUGUGGGACCAUAGAGUACAUGGCUCCAGAGAUUCUGACGCGUACAGGACACAACCGGGCGGUGGACUGGUGGAGUCUUGGAGCCCUGAUGUAUGACAUGAUGACGGGCUCGCCUCCGUUCACUGCUGAGAACAGGAAAAAGACCAUUGAUAAGAUCUUGAAGUGUAAAGUCAACCUGCCGCCCUACCUCACACUGGACGCCCGAGAUAUGAUCAAAAAGCUGCUGAAGAAGAGUCCUUCUCAGAGGCUAGGCUCCAGUGCGGCAGACUGUAAAGACAUACAGAAGCAUCCCUUCUUCAGACACAUCAACUGGGACGACCUGCUGAAUAAGAGGUGUGAGCCGCCCUACAAGCCAUGCCUGCAGUCAGACGAGGACGUGAGUCAGUUUGACACGAGGUUCACCAAGCAGACUCCGGUGGACAGUCCUGACGACUCCACAAUCAGCCAUCAGCACGAACACGCCUUCGCUGGUUUUACCUACGUGGCUCCCUCUGUGUUGGAGAGUCUGAAGGAGGGCUUCUCCUUUGAGCCACGGACACGUCCCGUACGCAGACACAACAGCAGCCCACGCACCCCCAUCAGUCCUCUCAAGUUCUCUCUCCCCGGGUCAUUCGCCAAGUCCACAGGAGGAUCAGGGGGAGGAGAGAGCGAGUCGGACUUUCUCUCCCAGACCUCGUUCCGUCUCCCGCCAACAACCCCGCCCACCGACAACGGCGCCACGCAGCCAAUCAGCACACCAGGCCGGAACAAGAAGCAGAAGUGUAACCGGAGAUGAACUGGAGUAAGCCGAGUCGGGAGGAGUCAGAACUUUUGGCCGCGUUCCAGGCCGACUACUUUGCAGACGUGCCGCGCGCCUCCGCCAAUGGCUGAUUGCCACGUCAUCGACAGUUGGGCGCAUGUUGCUAUACCAUACGAUGUGGGUAGUUGAUAUGUUUAACACCUAUCCAGGCAUUGUGACGUCUGGCAGACGACUGCUAGUCCGUCUGGAACGCGGCCGCUCUCAGGGGGCCUUGUGUUUCUCACAGGCUGGGUCCCAAACCCCCAUACUGCACACUCGCUCCCUUCCCCCUAUACCCUCAUUGACUCAUUCCUUUAAGGUCUGAAUAGGGGGUGAGCUUAGUUGAAGAGCUACAGGGUGUGCAGCUUUUUUGUUCCAGUCAAGCACUAACACCUGAUUCAGCUCCUGGUCUUGAUGAUUAGUUUAGUAGUAUCGGGUGUGUUGGUGCUAGGCUGGUGCCCACCUCCACCUACCAGGGUUGUGACUAGAGGGAGUACAGCUACAACCGUAUGUGACUUUGUCGCAGGUUAGGAGAGCAUUUUAGCUAAUCCUAACCCUUUUCUUAACCUUAAUUCCUAACCUGCCACGUUAAUGAUCCUAACCUGCUGCAUAAAUGUCACUUUCAGUCGUAGCUGUACUCCCUCUAGUCAGAAUCACCUACCAGGGGUGGGGUCAAUAUCUGUUUACUUCCUGAAUUGACUUGAAAUGGAAUUGACCCCAACCUUUCCUACGCUACCAGAGGACCAGCCACUGCUUUUCCAUGGCCAGUUGCCACAGAGCCACAAAGGGAAGUCAACAAGGGUUUAGGGAACAGGUUGGGUUAUCAGUUUGGGAUCCAGCCACUUCACUUGACAUUUUUCUCAACUUGCCACAUAAGCAAAGAGAACACCAACUACUGCCAAAGCAUUUGACAUUGCCAUUAUCAAGAUGUUAAAAGGUCGAUUUUGGGCAAAAAGAACAGCUUUAAACUGUAUAACUGAUCAAUGUGCCAUCAUACCAGGUUAUUUAAUUUAUUUGUAAAAAAAAUGGAUGAAUAAGAUAUUUGACUAUAGAUGUGCCAUUUCUUACUGAUCUCUACAGUUUCCGGCCAAAAUCAAGUCAUGUGAAAUGAUGUCCACAUGUACUGGAAGCGUUACAUGCUCGCGUAGCUAAUGAACUAGCAACGUUGUUUGCGGCACGCCUGACCACAAUAACACAAUGAACCACCAAAGGCACAGCCCAUUCCUGUUUGAAAAUUGAGGAAUAGGCAGAGUUGGACCGUAUUUCAGGCCCAAAGUCGACCUUUAAAAGGUUGAUUUUAGACUAGUGAUCCUUGUCAUAAUGCAGGAAUGAAAGUAUUGAAUGACGCACAUUUCUAAAAACACUGUAUAAAAUACUCUGCUUAAGAUAAUCUUUAAAAUACUAAAAAGAUGAGUAUUUUUGAUUAUGAAAGCGACCGCAUUUAUACAUAUGCUCGUAUUACAGCUCUAUUACAAUCCGACUCAUUUGAGUCCUAUGUGUCUGAAGCGAAGUUGAAUUAGCCUUUUAUUUUUUAACAAGCACUCAUACCAUAACAUUACUCAUAUCAUGUAGAACCAUAGAUCUACAGAGUUCUAGCAAACUAUUGUACAUGUGGGCAGACCUGGGUUCAACUAGUAUUUGUUUUCUUCCUUGAGCUGAAGUUUCACUUGAUUUGAGCUUGUCUGGCGCACUGGGACCAAUGGAAUAGUCCAAACGCCAUCCAUCUGGCUUUCCAGUCAAUCAAAUGACCAAAGAAAAUUGAUACCGUUUGAUUUUGAACCCAGGUCUGGUGCCAACAUGGCACCCAUUCACAUUCUUCCAACUGAAACAGUUUGCCGAACUCUGUUUAUCCGUGGCUCUUUCAUCAACCAUCCUGUCAUACUGUUGUGAGAACUAGCUUUGGAAGACAAGACCUCUAUCAUUGAAAGUCAUAUUUGGGUCUGGGGGAGGGAAAUAAUAUUUACACACAUUUCAUUUAAAAAAAUAUUAUUAUUUAAUGGACUGAUGACAUGUUCUGGAUCUAAGUGGAAUGUUUUUUUUAUCAGUUUUUUGUAUUUCCUGCGGCUAAUGUGGUUGUGAGGAAAAUAGGUUUGCAGAAUCCUGAAGAAUAAAGACAUUGAAUGUCUGAA